AUGGUCUCAGACCGUCAGCAGCCACCAUCUCCGAAGGUAGGAGUCUAUGGGCUCAUCAUCGGUAUCAACAUAUACAAGCGCCCCCAAAUACACCCAGAUCUAAUGGGAUGUGUCGGUGACGCUAAUUCUGUCCUCAAGUAUUUCACUGAAGACCUCAAUGUCCCAGAGGAGAAUUUUCUGUGCCUCUAUGAUGAGAAGGCAACUCGGGAAGGUAUCCUACAGGGCUUUGUGACGCACUUGAUUCGUAAUCCGGCUAUCAGGUACCAUACUCCGAUAGUCAUAUAUUAUGCUGGACAUGGCGAUCGCAUGCCAGCUCCUAGUGGUUGGCAAGCAGCGGACAAUAUGGUAGAGAUGAUCCUGCCCCACGAUGCUGGUACUAUGGACGCAAACGGACACCUAAGUCAGGCCAAGGGGAAUAACAUUACGGUCAUCCUAGAUUCUUGCAACUCUGGUAGUGGUACUCGAAGUAUCGAGGUUCGAUCCCGCAACUCCCAUGAUCGAUAUUCUCCUGAUAUACCCAAUAAUCUGGAUGCAAAGCUAAGGCGAUCUUUGGGAGUUGAUUAUCCAACAGAGAUAGAGCACAACCUUGCCUCGAAGCAGCCCGCCGGAACUCUGCUAGCACCCAGCCUUGAUACCCAUAUCCUACUGGCAGCCUGUCAAGAGGAGGAACUAGCCCAAGAGAUCCCGAAUGUAGAUCCUGAAACUCAUGAACUGGGCAAUCCACCAUCCAAAGGGGUUUUCACAAGUACCCUCCUCCAUGAACUUCGCAAAGCCGACCUUGGAUAUACCAGCUACACGACCCUAUUUCGUAACAUGUUAUCGACCCACCGCGAGUUCCGUCCCAAGCUCUCCCAGCCACUUGGACGACAGACGUUCCAGUGCGAAGGUCGGAACCAAGAUCGUUUACUCUUUAGCGUCCAGUUCUCUAUUUCAAAGGGCAAAAUAAGUCUUAUGCCUACGUCCGACAAAGCAGUCUAUCGUGCUAGAGUUGGAAGCGCACAGGGGGUCGUACCCGGGACAGAGUUCGGAGUGUUCACCGAUAGGAUGGACUCCAAGGCUCCUCCCCUCGCGAUGCUGGUCGCGAGAAGUGUCGGACCAACCAUGUCGGAACUAUCCAGCAUAGAGCCCAACAACCCACAAGACAUCCCGGGAGGCGCAUACGCCACCAUAAUCAAAUACAAUGACCACUCUAACGGAGUGCGGAUCUGGGUAGACGAAGGGGUUAGAGCAGACGAGUUUUGGCAACGUAUUAUCACCAACCUGCAGCCGCUUCCCAUUUUCUGGGCCGACUCAAAAUCUCCCGGGCAUCAGGAUAUGGAGAUAGUGAUGUUUGGUGAAGAUAUCCACGUUCGAGGGGGACACCUGACUCCGGGGAAUUUGGGAAACCCCCACACACUGAGACGCCACUACGAUGAGAAGCGACUGGUAGAGAUGCUCUGUGCAAUUGUUUACUUCCACUACCACUUGAAGGUGAAAAACAGCGACGCUCCUCUUCGCGAGAAACUCGGCGUAACUCUACGAGAGCUGAAGGAGAAGAACAACAACUGGGGGAGCAUAAUCUACGAGUCUGUUGGAAAUGAUUUGUUUGGCGAGAGCGUUUCGAACGGCACAGUUACCAUUAUCCACCCAGACCCCGACAAGAUAUACGGGCUGGAGCUUGUCAAUAACUCGACAGAAAACCUCUACCCUUACAUACUUUACUACGACUUUGAGGACUACAGCGUAACAUGCCUUUACGAGCCUGCGGGUCGAACCGUUAAACCACCCCUUCCUGCCAGUAAAACGUUAGUCAUAGGUUACGGAUCUACGGGGUCUCAACCGUUCCAAGUAGAUUUCACCAAUCCAAGAUCUAUAAAGGAGUAUGGGGCAUUUGUUUUGUUGGUAGCUAGCCAAUGGGUUGACAUCGGGUAUCUCCAGCAAGGAUCUCCAUUUGAAAAUAUCCCGAUGGACGCUCGAGGGGAACGGCGGGGUUCUUUGGACUCCAUUGUUUGGGAUAAUAUCAUCAUCCGGGUUGAAAUGCUUAAACCAAAUGAGAGUUAA